ACUUCCGGAUAUAUGUCAAUUUUCUUUUUACAUUUUAUGACACAUCAAAUGUGCCUAGUUUCUGAUUGAACAAAUGGCUUUUCAUCCCCAUUCAAACGCGGACGAGACAGUUGAUUAUUUGUUUAAAAUUGUUUUAGUUGGUGAUGCCAGUGUGGGUAAAACUUGUGUCUUUCAGAGGUUCAAAUCUGGAACGUAUGUGGAGAGACAUGGCAACACGAUAGGUGUCGAUUUCACCAUAAAGACCCUUCAGAUUGGUGGGAAACUUGUGAAGUUACAUAUCUGGGAUACUGGUGGUCAGGAAAUGUUCCGUACUAUCACACGGAGCUUCUACAGGGGUGCAAAUGGUGUUAUCAUGACAUAUGACAUCACAAAUAGAACUUCAUUUGAUAGCAUCCCGCGAUGGCUUGACGAUGUUAAUAGAUACGCAGGACCAAGUUCUGUACAGAUUCUUAUAGGGAACAAAAGAGAUUUGGAGAAUAUGAGGGAGGUAAAUUUUUCUGAAGCUAACUCAUUUGCUCAACACCAAAACAUGAUAGCUCACCUGGAAACUUCAGCCAAGGAAAAUACUAAUGUUGAUGAAACAUUUACAAAACUUGCUAAGGAACUGAUAAGAAGAUAUGGUGGUGAUGUAACACUCGACAGUGCUGCUUAUUCAGGACGCGUAAAUCUGGAUUCAAGAUCUGAGGAUGGAGGGUAUGGCUGCUGUUCCUCCUGAGUCAACAACCCCCACCCAAAAUUAUAUUCCUAUGUGAUUAGAACUGAAAAAAAGAUAUAUCAUAGUCAUGGGGCUCUGACUUUGAGUUAGAAACAGCAAAGUGGUCCAAGAUUUUAAAAAGUCUUUCAGUUCAUAUAAGUUAAUAAAAUUGUAGU